AUUGUUACUUAUUGAAUGACAGAAGAAGUGUUUCAUUGUUUCCCGUUUUGGGUUCCCUUUGGUAGCCCUGCAGUGCACUGGGGGCGCCCCGUUUCAUGCACGUGUCUUCGUCUCUCGUUCUCUUUUCCUCGGCCCUCGUUGUCGUUUGCGAGUUUCCGUCGUAACGUUAUUUGGUUUAAACUAAGCAUAAUGUCUGGGGGCCUAGACAUCCUUCAACUGAAGGAAGAAGAUGUGGUCAAGUUUCUGGCCGCUGGAGUUCAUCUCGGAGCAAAUAAUUGUGACUUCCAGAUGGAAGAUUACGUCUACAAGCGUAAAUCUGAUGGUGUGAACAUCAUUAACGUUAAGAAGACAUGGGAAAAGCUGCUCCUUGCCGCCCGUAUUAUAGUCACCAUUGAGAACCCUGCCGAUGUGUGUGUUAUUUCUGCUCGUCCCUAUGGACAGCGUGCCAUCCUGAAGUAUGCCUCACACACUGGUGCCACGCCCAUUGCUGGCCGCUUCACCCCUGGUACAUUUACCAAUCAGAUCCAAGCUGCCUUCAGGGAGCCCCGUCUCCUGAUUGUGUGUGACCCCAGGAUUGAUCAUCAGCCUGUGACCGAGGCAUCCUAUGUGAACAUCCCAGUCAUCGCCUUCUGCAACACUGACUCCCCCUUGCGCCAUGUGGAUGUUGCCAUCCCCUGCAACAACAAGGGUAUUCACUCUAUUGGCCUGAUGUUCUGGCUGUUGGCCCGCGAGGUGUUGCGCAUGCGUGGAAGCAUCAGUCGUGCGCUUCCUUGGGAAAUUAUGCCUGAUCUCUACUUCUACAGGGAUCCUGAGGAGGCUGAGAAGGAGGAGCAGGCUGCUCUGGCACGCCAGCAAGAGGAGGCUAAUGCUGGUACUACUGCUGGGUUCUCCGAGUGGGGUGGUGCUGCCCCGGUGGAUGCCACGCCCGCUGCCCUGCCUGACUGGAACACUCGUGACCAGGGAGAUUGGGGAGCUGACCCCAUGGCGACUGCUGGGAUUGCUCCCACCAUCCCCGCCCCAUUUGCGGCAACCACUCCCGCUGUGUCGGCUGACUGGGAUUCUGUUGCCCCUGGUGCUACUGAUGAUUGGGGUGCUGAGCCGGCCGCGCCCUCCAGUGACUGGGGUACUGCUGUCACCAUGCAGGAGCAGGCUAAGCCGUCCACCGACUGGGCUUAGAGAUAAAUGCAGCCUCUAGAGUGAAAUAAAGAUCUCAUGUCAUGUCUUA